AUGGCCAACUACUCGAAAGCACUUGAAUUUUACGAAAAAGCACUUAAAAUCUACGAAAAAUCUCUGCCUCCGAAUCAUCCCAAUUUGGCUACUUCCUACAACAACAUCGGUCUUGCAUAUGACAACAUGGGUAACUACUCGAAAGCACUUGAAUUUUACGAAAAAGCACGUAAAAUCUACGAAAAAUCUCUGCCUCCGAAUCAUCCCGAUUUGGCUACUUCCUAUAACAACAUCGGCCUUGCAUAUCGGAAGAUGGGUAACCACUCGAAAGCACUUGAAUUUUACGAAAAAUCACUUAAAAUACUCGAAAAAUCUCUGCCCCCGAAUCAUCCCUUAUUGGCUACUUCCUACAACAACAUCGGUCUUGCGUAUGACAGCAUGGGUAACUACUCGAAAGCACUUGAAUUUUACGACAAAGCACUUAAAAUAAAAGAAAAAUCUCUGCCUCCGAAUCAUCCCGGUUUGGCUACUUCCUACAACAACAUCGGUUCGGUGUAUGACAACAUGGGUAACUACUCGAAAGCACUUGAAUUUUACGAAAAAUCACAUAAAAUACUCGAAAAAUCUCUGCCUCCGAAUCAUCCCUCAUUGGCUACUUCCUACAACAACAUUGGCAUGGCUUAUUCAGGAAAAGGUGACUACCCAAAAGCACUUUCAUAUCUAGAAAAGGCACUUGCCAUCUGGCAAAAAUCACUUCCACCAACACAUCCUAAUAUUAAAACGGCGAUGAAUAAUAUUGACAGUGUGAAAAAGAAAAUGUAA